AUAGCGAGGAGGAGGAUAGUGUGAAAAUUCGAUAAUCCCAUGUAACAUUGGUUUGAUUAUGUAAAAAAGAUUCGUUGUUUUGCCGUGGAUGGCAUAUAAGACUGGAAGGAAGUGGAGUAUCGGUGAAACAAUCUGAGUUGAGUUAGUGUCGCCGUGUGCGGUUAGUGUGAUGGCCGGUGUUGGUGCGACGCGCGGUAGAGUGACCCAUGGCUAACUCGCCGGACGUGGGUCUGCUUGCAGCUAGCCUCCUCCGGCUCAUCAUUGUGACAAAGUUCAUCCGUAUUGGCAUCGCAGACAAGAAUGACAACCCGCCGUACUUCGACAAGGAGUUAUACGAGGCGGAAGUCGACGAAAAUGAAGACAUUCAGCACACGGUCCUCACCGUCACCGCCAAAGACCACGACGAAUCAUCGCGUAUUCGAUACGAGAUCACGAGCGGGAACAUAGGGGGUGCGUUCGCAGUCAAGAACAUGACUGGCGCCAUCUACGUGGCGGGAGCGCUCGACUAUGAAACGAGGAAACGGUACGAACUGAAGUUGGCUGCAUCGGACAACCUUAAAGAGAACUACACGACCGUUGUGAUUCACGUGAAGGACGUGAACGAUAAUCCCCCCGUGUUCGAGAGACCCACAUAUCGAACCCAAAUCACCGAGGAAGACGACCGCAAUCUUCCCAAGCGGGUGCUACAGGUGACUGCAACUGACGGUGAUAAAGAUAGACAACAAAACAUCGUUUAUUUCCUAACUGGUCAAGGUAUUGACCCUGACAAUCCUUCAAACAGCAAAUUUGAUAUCAAUCGGACAACGGGAGAAAUAUUUGUUUUGAAGCCCUUAGACCGUGAUCAACCCAAUGGAAGGCCACAAUGGAGAUUCACAGUGUUUGCUCAAGAUGAAGGAGGUGAAGGGCUUGUAGGUUAUGCUGAUGUGCAAGUGAAUCUGAAAGACAUCAACGAUAACUCUCCGAUUUUCCCGCAAGGUGUUUACUUUGGCAAUGUAACUGAAAAUGGAACGGCAGGCAUGGUUGUAAUGACAAUGACUGCAAUAGACUAUGAUGAUCCUGCUGAAAGUAAUAAUGCUAAACUAUGGUAUUCUAUUGAAAAAAAUGUAAUAGAAGAAGAAACAGGGUCACCAAUUUUCGAAAUAGAACCAGAAACUGGUGUUAUCAAAACAGCUGUUUGUUGUUUAGAUCGUGAAAGAACACCAGAUUAUUCGAUACAAAUAGUAGCGUCAGAUGGUGGGGGGCUAAAAGGGACUGGAACGGCUUCCAUCAGAGUCAAAGAUAUAAAUGAUAUGCCGCCACAGUUUACCAAAGACGAAUGGUUUACGGAAGUUGAUGAAACAGAUGGGACUAAUUUACCUGAAAUGCCCAUUCUGACAGUAACUGUUCAUGAUGAAGAUGAAACUAAUAAAUUCCAGUACAAAGUCAUAGAGAAUAGUGGUUAUGGUGCCGACAAAUUUACUAUGGUUAGAAACAACGAUGGUACUGGUUCUCUAAAAAUUGUACAGCCAUUAGACUAUGAGGACCAGCUACAAAGUAAUGGUUUUAGAUUUAGAAUACAAGUUAACGAUAAAGGUGAAGACAACGAUAAUGAUAAAUAUCACGUAGCUUAUUCAUGGGUAGUAGUUAAACUAAGAGAUAUAAAUGACAAUAAACCACAAUUUGAACGGGCAAAUAUUGAAGUAUCAGUCUAUGAAAAUGCUGAAGUUGGUAAAAGUCUUGAAACAUUUAAAGCAACUGAUCCAGAUCAAGGUGGUAAAAGUAAAGUUUCAUAUGCUAUUGAUAGAUCGUCAGAUAGAAAACGGCAAUUUUCUAUAAAUCAAGAGGGAACUGUCAGUAUUCAGAGAUCUUUAGACAGAGAGGACACUCCGAGGCACCAAGUGAAAAUUCUAGCCAUUGAUGAUGGCGUCCCACCAAGAACAGCAACAGCUACUUUAACUGUUAUAGUGCAGGAUAUUAAUGAUAAUGCACCUACAUUCUUAAAAGAUUAUAGACCAGUUUUAACUGAACACAUAACACCCAAAAAAGUUGCAGAAAUAUUAGCCACCGACGAUGAUGAUAGAUCAAAAAGUAACGGCCCUCCAUUCCAGUUCAGACUUGACCCAGGUGCCGAUGAUAUAAUAAGAGCUUCAUUUAAAGUUGAACAAGAUCAAAAGGGUGCUAAUGGGGAUGGAAUGGCAAUCGUCUCAUCUCUUCGCUCAUUUGAUAGGGAACAACAAAAAGAGUAUCUUAUUCCUAUAAUAAUUAAAGAUCAUGGUAAUCCAGCGAUGACUGGUACAAGCACUUUGACUGUUGUGAUCGGAGAUGUUAAUGAUAAUAAGAUGCAGCCAGGAUCUAAGGAAAUUCUUAUGUACAGUUAUCAAGGACAGUCACCAGAUACUGAAAUUGGAAGAGUUUACGUCUAUGACUUAGAUGAUUGGGAUUUACCUGACAAAAAGUUUUUCUGGGAAACGACAGAACAUCCAAAUUUCACCCUGAAUGAAGAAACUGGUAUGAUACAAAUGAAACAAAAAACGAGAGAAGGUCGAUACCAUCUAAAGUUUAAAGUAUACGAUAGAAAACAUACACAAACUGAUGUACCGGCUAACGUUACUGUGUAUGUUAAAGAAAUAUCUCACGAAGCUAUUAUAAGUUCUGGUUCCAUACGAAUAUCUGGAAUAUCAGAUGAAGAUUUUAUUCGAGUUUGGAAUUAUAAAACUCUUAGUGUAUCUAGAAGUAAACUUGAUAUAUUUAAAGAUAAACUGGCAGACUUACUCAAUACUGAAAGAGAAAAUAUCGAUAUAUUUAGCGUCCAACUAAGAAAGAAACACCCACCCGUAACCGAUAUACGUUUUUCAGCCCAUGGUGCACAUUACUAUAAACCAAUCCGGUUAAACGGCAUAGUUCUUAUGCAUCGAGAAGAAAUAGAGCGGGCUGUAGGAAUAAAUAUCACGAUGGUUGGCAUUGACGAAUGUAUUUAUGAAAAUCAAAUGUGUGAAGGGUCUUGCACAAAUGAACUUGACAUUAGCAAUGUACCUUACAUGGUUAAUGCCAAUAAAACAGCCCUCGUUGGAGUAAGAGUCGAUGUUGUCCCGCAGUGUACAUGCGGAGCUAGAAACUUUACUCAGCCAGAAACAUGUCGCACCUCACCUUGUUAUAAUGGAGGAAGGUGCAUAGAAGGUAAAUAUGGUCUUACAUGCUCAUGCCCUCCAGGUUAUACAGGACCGCGAUGUCAGCAAACAUCUAGAAGCUUCAAAGGCACUGGUUGGGCUUGGUAUCCAUCACUAGAGAUGUGUGAUAGUUCCCACUUAAGUUUUGAGUUUAUAACAAGGAAAUCGGAAGGAGUGUUACUUUAUAAUGGACCAAUAGUACCGCCUGAACCGGAAGAAAUAGUAGUUUCAGAUUUCAUUUCGCUUGAAUUAGAAAGGGGCAACCCACGAUUGUUGAUUGAUUUUGGUUCCGGAACGUUAGAGCUUAGAGUAAAAACCAAAAAGUCAUUAGAUGAUGGUGAGUGGCAUCGAUUAGAUAUAUUUUGGGAUACUGAAAAUGUCAGAAUGAUUGUAGAUUUCUGUAGAUCAGCGGAUAUCCAAGAAAUGGAAGAUGGCACACCACCUGAAUUCGAUGAUUCCACGUGUCAAGCCACGGGCACAAUACCUCCAUUUAAUGAAUAUUUGAAUGUCAAUGCACCUUUGCAAAUUGGAGGAUUAUACAUAGAGCAUUUUGAUCCUACGCAUUAUCACUGGCAGUACAUGCCUAUUGGGAAAGGUUUUGAUGGAUGCAUAAGAAAUUUAAUACACAACAGUAAAUUGUACGACUUAGCUCAUCCUGGACUAUCACGAAAUUCUGUGGCUGGCUGCCCUCAAACUGAAGAAAUUUGUAAUCAAGCAGAUACUACAUCCAGAUGCUGGGAACAUGGAAAUUGUGUAGGUAGUUUUUCAGAAGCACGAUGUCAGUGUCAACCGGGAUGGACUGGGCCUGCGUGUAAUCUACCUACUACUCCUACUAGUUUUAGACCUCAAAGCUACGUAAAAUUCGCCUUAAGCUUUGAACCUGAUCGAUUUAGUACUCAAAUCCAACUGCGGUUCAGGACUCGUGAACCUCAUGGAGAACUGUUUAGGGUAAGCGAUCAGCAUAAUCGCGAAUAUGGGAUUUUAGAGGUGAAAGAUUCCCAUUUACACUUUCGCUUUAAUUUGAAUUCCCUACGAACAGAAGAACGUGAUGUUUGGCUUAAUUCUGUAGCAGUUGACGAUGGCCAGUGGCAUAUAGCACGCGUGAGUAGAUAUGGUAGCGCGGCAACCCUAGAAAUUGACGGUGGCGAGGGACGAAGAUACAAUGAAACCUUUACUUUUGAUGGUCAUCAGUGGUUAUUAGUUGACAAACAGGAAGGUGUAUAUGCUGGAGGCAAAGCUGAAUAUACAGGCGUUAGAACAUUUGAAGUAUAUGCUGAUUUCCAGAAAGGUUGCUUAGAUGACAUUCGAUUAGAAGGAAAGCACCUGCCUCUGCCACCUGCUAUGAAUGGAACACAGUGGGGACAAGCGACUAUGGCAAGGAAUUUAGAUCGGAAUUGUCCAUCAAACAAUCCAUGUGUGAAUGUUCACUGUACCGAGCCGUUCGUAUGUGUUGACCUCUGGAAUGAAUAUGAAUGCACGUGUCCGGGUGGAUCGACACGUGCCGCGGGGACGUGUGUCAACGUGAACGAGUGCCUGAACUACCCUUGCCUCAACGGAGGCACGUGCGUGGACCGCGAGCCGGCGCGACGCUACGACUGCAUCUGCCCCUUCGGCUAUACCGGGCACGAUUGCGAGCUCGAGCUGCUCGCCUCCGGCAUCAUCAUGCCGUCCAGAGAUUUCAUUAUUGCUAUCAUUGUCUGUUUGUUUUUGCUUCUAGUUCUUGUGUUGGUAUUUGUGGUAUACAACCGCCGGCGAGAAGCCCACAUCAAAUAUCCUGGCCCCGAUGAUGACGUCCGUGAAAAUAUUAUAAACUAUGACGACGAGGGCGGUGGUGAGGACGACAUGACGGCUUUUGACAUAACGCCUCUUCAGAUACCGAUCGGUGGACCCCUACCUGAUCAUGUGCCGUCAAAAUUACCAUAUCCAUUAAUGGGAGUCGGGCUUGGCGUUGGUCCAAUGGGAGUGGGUGUAGCACCUGCGGUCGGAGUGGCUCUUCCAGGGGAGACUAACGUGGGGAUGUUCAUUGAAGAACACAAGCGUAGAGCGGACAGCGAUCCCAACGCGCCGCCCUUUGACGACCUUCGGAACUACGCAUACGAGGGCGGCGGCAGCACUGCAGGCUCUUUGUCGUCACUUGCCUCAGGAACUGACGACGAAGUGCACGACUACGACUACUUGGGCGCGUGGGGCCCGCGCUUCGACAAGCUCGCCGACCUGUACGGGCCCGACCUGGACGAGCAGCUGUAGAGCCUCGGCGCUCCCGCGGCGCUGGUUAGUCAAUUGUCUCCCACUCAACCCACCCACACUCACUGAACCUCCUCUGAAGGGAGAAACGCACCCCACGAAUUUGCCGACAACAAUCAAGCCCGUACCGAACACGCACUCGGAAGCGACUACGCCGUGACUCGCAUUUCUUAUCAAUUUUUCUACAAGUUUAUUUUAUACAAUAGGUAAUCUUAGCUUAAGUGUCUUGUUUAAGGCGUAUAUACGUUUAAUUGCGUAACUUUUUAUAAGGUUUGAACCGAUAUCUUCACCAAAUAUUUGAUAUAAGUUUUAUUCGAGUUAGCCAUAUUAUGAGUCAGUAUUUUAUUGGAAGUUAUCGUGAUAAGUGGAUUUCUGCCGGAGGGCCCGACGUGAAUCUGAAUCGUGGGUGUUUGUAGAUAGUGUGCUAUAAAUGUGAAUAAUUUAUACGAAUAUUUUGUAAGUCCACAGCUUUACGUGAUAUCACUUAAUGUACGGCCCUUCCGCAUUAAAUCGAUGUACCUACUAUUAAAAAUAUGUUAUAUUUUAUAUUUAAUUAUAAUGAUAAAACGGUCCCUUUGGACGUCGAGUUUAAUGCUCAUUCGAUAUGUGAAAUACUCACCGGGGAUGUACAUACGAUAAAUUAUUAACGACUACCCCGACUAACUUAGUUAAUGUAAAACAAUUCACGCUCUACUCGAAAUUUCAUUGUAAGUGAAGUGUACAGUAACUGGUGUUCCUCUCCAAGUCUCCAUGUAGUGUUAGUUGAUAAAAUUAGAUUAUCCGUGAAGAUCUACGGUCUACUCGUAACAGUAGCAAACUUAUGAUAGUUGAUUCGGUGUGCGUGACGGAGUGAGUGGAGCAUGCGAGGUAGCGGACGCGGCGCGCGUCGCGACUGGCGCGUAGCCACUGGCGUUGCGACAGACGCGUCACGACAGACGCCGCCGUGCGACAGGCGUGUCGCGAUGCGCCGCCGGUAUGAAUGGGAAUGUGCCAAUCUAUUAGCGAUAUUGAUGCAUCUGAUGACCGUAGAGUUAAGUGUUUGCACUUUAUUUAUUCAAUAUAUUUACAUAUAAUCUUAGUCGCACCUAGGGAAAUAUCAAUAACUUACUAAGAGUGUUGUGCUAGAAUUAUUCCAUCGAUUUUGACGUGAGAUAGUUAUUGCAACCGUUGGAAGUCAUUAAUUUAUAAUGUUAAUUUUAAGAAUUUAUAGUAAAAUAAAUAUUAAUUAAAUUACAGGUUCUAAAAAACUGUCUCACUUCGACAUCGAACUAGGAUCAGUGUAAAUUUUAGAAUAUACUGAAUUGUGUUAAAAUGACUGAUUUUAUUAUGCGUUUGAGCCUAAGAUUUUGUAGAUUGGGUUGAUUUAAUUAUUAUAGACUUCGAAUACCUACUAUAAGAACACCCCUAGUUUGCACUCAAAAAAACUAUUCAAAUUUCAAUAAUAAAGCAAUUCUCGUUAAUUACUAUUCAUGUAAGUAGAAGUUUAAUAGUUGUUCGAAAUCGAUAUCUAGGUUUUUAUUAUUAUUUUACAAUAUCAUUACACUGCCAGUAAUCAUAUAGACGAAUUAUGGUAUAGAGAGAGUUUUGGUCCGUUUUUUUAUAUUUGAGUCUUAACAAUAAGGUGUUUUAUUAAGUUUUUUAAGUAUUUUUUAUGAAACUGUACUUCUUCCCCUCGCGACAGAAUUGUGCAUUUAAAUGCACAGAAUGACUAUUUUGUUUUCUAAAAGCUCUGCGUAGUCUGAAACCGUAUACUUUUUAUGUUCGAUAUUAUAGAUGCCUACUUACUUACCUACCAAAUAUUUAUACAUACUUGUUUAAUUGCUGUCACCUGUGCUGAUUUUUUUAACAAGAUCUAGACACAUGUUCUGUAUUGUACCUACAAUAUAUAUAUAUAUACCUAUUUCAAUUUUUAUUAAAUCCUGUAUUGCUAAUAGACAAUUUUAUUGUAAAGUUAGUCAAUUCUACUUCAAUAUACAGCCCAUGUGUCUACGCUCUACAGUAUGUUAAGUUGUUAAUAGAAAAUAAUUAUAAAUUUUUGCAACGAUUAACUUCUAGAAAAUGUUCACGCUACAACCACAUCUGUGCGAUGACUUAAACUCGCUUAUUUAAACUGCCACUCUAUUUCUAAAAAGCGGUUUGCUGCAAAAAAAUUGAGUUACCGAGAAAAACUUAAAACGUUUCUAAAAAAAAAUGACACCCAAACUAAAAACCGACUAAAAACCUUGUUGUUUUUGAGAAACGUCAGUUUUUGAAAAUGUACAGGUUUUGGCAAUAACUCACAAAACAAUUUUUUUCAGUUAACCGCUUUUUAGAAAUGGAAGGGCAAUAAUGGGUCGUUUACGCUUUGACGGUAGACGCAACGAGACUGUCUAACUAGUAUUAAUACAACACCGUCAUUUCUACUAGUUUAUGUCAUCGACUGAGCAGCGUUUAUUUGUCGUCGUUCAUUCGUUGAUUGAACGAAUUGAAUGAAACUAGCCGUCGCCGUCGACGCGUAUCUGCUGAGAACUACAGCCGUGACGUUGACAAAAGGCGACGUAAUAAUUAAACUAUACCCUAUCAACGGAAAGAAUUUAGUAUAGCGUUCUCUCUGUUACGUAACCCCAUACAAGAUAGAGGCAAAAAUCUCAGUUCGUGCUUACCAUCUUGAGUCACCAAUUAAUUACAAACGAAAGUAUGUUUUCUAAUUUAAUUUCAAAUGUGUUUUGAAAACAUUUUCGUUUUUUUUUUUAAACAUGUUUGGAAUUGGUUGGUGACUCAAAAUGGUUAACAACCACAGAGAUAUUUUUUGCCAUUUAUAUAAAAUUGCGUAACAGAGAGAGUUCUAUACUAUCUUUUUUCUAUGAAUAGAGUAUAGGUUUAUCCAUGAACAGUAAACGGCUAAAUAACCAGUUCGUUCAUUCAACAAUCACGUCUUGAACACGCUAUUCGCACGAUAAUACGGUUACGAUACGGUUGUCUGUGUAAAACCUUUGGGCCUGCUAUCAACUAUAUUGUUGCGAUGUAAUUCAGGAUCCAUCUUCUAUUUUUGAUGAACCUCGUAAUUUGAGAAAAUCAGUUUUUGAAACUGAACCGGAAUCCUAAAGUCAGAUGAAUUUGUUUCAUUCACAAAAUUACAAUUCUUGCGAAAGCCCCUACAGAAGCAUGUUGUACUUAUUAAAAAUAAACUAAGUUCUAUGAUUUUGCUAAUUCAAAAUGUUAAAAUAGAAUUUAAAAAAUAGAUCUUUUGAAAUUCUUUUUUCACUUUAUCAUACCCGUUGCGUCACCCAAAAUGUGACUAAUUAAUGUGCGUGUGUAUAUAAUUGGUAGGCAUAUGUUGGCGGUAUGUAUUGCUAGCUUUUCUUGUUUCUUUAACAGUGGGAGUGUCGGCACCAUAUAGUUUUGUCUGUUUUAGUAACGCCUGCUCCAACAUUUUCAAUACUUAAUUACAUCGCAAUAAAAAAGUUGAUAGUGGGCAUGAUAUACACGCAAAGACAGCAGAGCACAGAAUCCCAGUACAAAAUGCAAGUAUGGUGCGAAUUUGCACCAAAACCGACGCGAUGCCUGGUGCACGUAUAUAAUUUUAUUUUAGACUUUAAUUAUUAUACCUACAUAGUUAUGUUUUGUUUCAACUGUGAUUAUUUAGUUGUACAACUCUGACGAUUACAUAAAAGAACGAAUAAAAUAUGGAAAAAAGUU